UGCGGGUGCGUGUGCCAUUGCACACUUCCUGCGGGCUGUGCGCCCUCCCGCCGCCGGUUUCCGGCAGCUGACAGCAGCCGAGCCGCCGCCGCCUCCUCCGGGAGCGGGGCCGCCACCCCCGGCACGGCGCCUGCAGGUGAGCAGCAAGCAUGAGCUUGGCAACACGCAGACAUAAGUGCCAAGACCCUGUGAUCUGAACCACAUUUUCAGCUGACUUCCCAGCGGCGAGGGGUUGUUGAUACUCUACCAUGGAGGACUGCCUUCACACCUCCUCCGAAAACCUCUCCAAGCUGGUGAGCUGGGCUCACAGCCAUGGGACCAUCUGCAGCCUCAUCCCCAACCUCAAGCACCUGCUUUCCGAGGGGACCCAUGGUAACCUGACAGCCAUGUGGGGCUGUAGUGCUGGCCAUGCCUACCACUGGCCCCUGGCUGCCACUUGCCGGGCUGGCUCCCAGGAGCGUGUUUGCUUCCAGGACAGCCGCAGCUUCAACUCAGACAGCCCCAGCAUGCUUGGAGUGCCGUCAGAGACUCAGGCAAGCCCUCUGGAACGCUACCCAGGACGGCCAGGGAAGACAAAGCUGGACUGCACCCGCACCCGUGACUCCUGCGACUUCUCGUACUGCAGUGAGCCAUCAGAGCUGGGCGAGCCCGUGGAGGAGUAUGAGGAUGAGGCCACCCUCUUCGACAUGGUCUGUGAGUCUUCUGUCACUGAUGAGGACAGCGACUUCGAGCCGCAUCCCCACCGGGCCACCGCCGGCCCCCGCAAGCGGCCGGCUGCCAUCCUGCCCACCACUGCCCAGGCACAGCCUGCCGAUGAGGGUGGCAGCGAGGUGCUCCUCAAGAAGAUCAAGCAGGAGCUGCCAGAGGACUACUACAUUGUGGCCAACGCUGAACUGACAGCCGGUGCCGAUGGGCCAGCCCUGGCCCUAACGCAGAUGUCCAAGCCUAAGCCGCAGGUGCAGGCUGGACCCUCCUGCCUGGGUGCCACCAGGACCCUGGCCCAGCCAGCUGCGGGUCCUGACCCCGACCCCCAGCGCCUCUCCACCUCCCCCCCGUGCCCACCCCGGCUGGUCACACAGCGGCCGCCCCGGGGCCCCUUGGCCUCCCCAGCACGGGGGGCAGGCGGCAGCCCUGUGGCUGCCCUACAGGUGCCAGCCACCAGCUCCAACACCACCGCCGGGAAACCCAUCAGCAUCCCUCUCUCAGCCCUGCAGCUGCCUGGUCAAGAGGAGCCUCCGGCCACUGAGGAGAUCCUACCACCCACCCCGCAGCUGGUUGCAGGUGGUGAGGCAGCCAGCUCGCCCUCAGUGAGCGCCGAGCCUGAGGUCAGCUCCAGCCAGCAGCAGCCCCAUGCCAUCCCUGCUGCCACCCCCGAGGCAGCAGUGCAGUCAAUGCCAGACCAGGAUGAGAGAGCAGCAGAGCUCAGUAGGGAGCAGAACGAGAAGACCAUUCGCAGCACACAGACAGCACUCCGCAAUUUCCGAGAGUUCCUCAUCUCCAAGUACCCCUCUGAGACCCGAGAGAUCUAUGUCAUACCCUGUAAAGAGCUUGAUGCCUACCUCGCUUCCUUCUUUGUGGAUGCCAGACAAAAGGAUGGGUCUGAAUACGAGCCAAACAGUCUGGCCAACUAUCAGUGUGGGCUAGAGCGGUAUCUGAAAGAGCACAGGUAUGGAUACAGUAUUACGAGGGAUAAGGAGUUCAAGAGGUCCCAGGAAGCUCUAAAGCAAAAGCAGAUAGAGCUGAGGUGUAAAGGUAAAGGAAACAAGCCACACAAAUCCAUGAAGCUCACCUUUGCUGAUGAGCUUAUUUUGCGCAAAAGAGGCUUGUUGAGUCGGUACAACCCUGAAGGGCUGCUGAACCUUGUCUGGCUGAACAACACUAAGGCAUUUGGACACUGCACAGGUUUCCAUGGGUCCACCCUCAAGUGGGGAGAUAUCCGGCUGCGGGUGACAGAGACUGGGUUGGAGUACCUGGAGUGGAUGGGGCCAGACAACGGAGACGUCAAUGCCAAGAGCAAGAGAGGCGGGACGGACUCCCGGGUGUAUGCCACCCAGCACUCGCCACAGACUUGUCCUGUGCAAGACUACAAGGAGUAUGCCCAGAGGCGGCCUCCAGCCAUGCGCUACGAGGAUGCACCUUUUUACCUGUCCAUCAAACCUGUUGUCAACUUGGCUGCACUUCACUGGUACAAUUGCCAAGCCCUGGGGAAAAACAAGCUUGCCAAGAUGGUAAAGACGAUGUGUGAGAAAGGCAACAUCCCUGGCAGGAAGACCAACUUCAGUGUCUACCAGAGCUGUAGCACUCUCUCAGAAGCGCAGAGCAACCAGCUGGUGCUGAUCUGCAAUAACUUAAGCCAGCAGGCUGCCCAGUCCAUGGCAAGCCACUCCAAUACUGGCAACUUCAUAGUGUCAGCGUCCUAUGACUCUUCUUCUGAUACAACUUGAAAGAGGAAUAUCAUUUGAACGCUUUCUUCUUUUUGUUUCAGGCAUUGAAUUUGUGCCCAAUAAUACACAUCAACUGUGAUUGUACACUAUUCCCCCGUAGCCCUUUCUCCAGUGCUAAUUCAGUUUAUAAAAAUAUAUAAAUAUAUAAUAUAUUUUUCUUUUUACAAAUAAGUCAAUAGAAAUAGUUUAGUAUCACUAACAUAGUAUUUAUAGUGUUAAUACAAAAAAUGGAAGGUACUUAUGGGUUAUAAUAUAAAUGCAGAUUUUAAAAGGACAAAAAUGGUUCUCAGGCAACACAAGAUAGACUGGAAAUACCCUUUUUAACAUGCACGCAUCAGUGAGUGUAAAUCUCCAGGAAGGCUUACGUAGCAAUUCUAUUUUAAAGCAUUUUUCAACUUCUUAUUUUAACAUGACCUCCCAGCAUGGAGGACACAAACUUAUCACUGGCUGCUGCUUCUUACCUGCUGGCCUAUUCUUGAUCAGCAAGACCAAGAAAUAAGAGAUACAUCAAUGUAAGUUCAUGAAACCAUUUACAACAGUUUUGUUUGGUUUUGGUUUGCUUCCUGAGGCUUAUUUAUGCCAGAUGGGAAAGAAGUCCUGAAGUCAGCUAAAGGCUAUUUUUAACUUCUUCUAUUUUUUUGAUGAUUUUCUGUGAUCAAAAUGUUAUUGGUCUUUAGACUAAAAAAAUAUUGUUUUCAACAGUAUGCAAAAACGUAAUGGGAAAACCACUGUCAUACACAUCAUUUUAACUGUUUAAGCACAGGUUGUUAGUAUCUUGUCACUGUGUGUAUUUAAUGUAAAAUCUAUUGACUUAGAGCCAUUCUGUCAGUACUCUGGGGAAUGCAACAGGCCAGAAAAAUCCACAAUCUUAUCCCAAACAGAAAAAUUGCAUCAAAUGCAUCUUAAGCCAAUAUUUGAAAUCCUCAAAAAAGUAGCGUAAGGACUGUAACAGUAUUUACUACAGAAAAUGAAAAGGCUAGGUAGUUUUAAGUACUGGAAAACAAAUAUAAAUCAGCUAGACAUAAUCUAAUUCUGUUGCAGACAGUGAAAAACAUGCAUGUGCAUCUGAAGGCAGAAUUGGUUCUUAAAGCCUUGAAAUAAUAAGUACUACUGUUUCAGGAUUCGACUUUGCAGCUUAAUUGUUCUUCUCUAAGUAUGUGGGAAAAACACUUAACACAUUCGGUAUUUCAGUGAAUGAUUAUAAUUCUUGACCUUUAAAAUUAUGUACAGUACUUCUUAAGUAAUUCACUUUAGUCUGUGUUCUUCUAGGGUGUUCUAGAGCCAUGAUGAGGAUGAUGAGGGUGGUCUAAUGCCCAGUGAAGUCAACGAAAGAGUCAGCCUCAGCUGACUUCCCAUGGGUGUUGGAUCAAACUAUUAGUGAGGGAUUUGGUUUUUUUGGUUUUUUUUGUUGUGUUUCUUUAUGCUUGUUUGUCUUUAUUCCUUCACGUUCCUUCAUAUCCUUCAUGUUCCUUAGAUCUGCCACUGUGCAGUGACUUUAAUCAUCACUAAUUCCAAAGAAAGGGUGAAACAAAGGUAGCGGACAGAAAUAAAAAUAACCUGCCUGGCACUAUUUAAAACCCAUUGUCUGUGUUGCUAGGAUGAAAUGAUCCUGUGUGUGAGGGAGGUGGCAGAAUGCCUGCAGCUCACUUAAGCCUUAUUGAAGGAAUGUUUUGUUGAUGGGAUAGGUAGCAGAUGUGCCGUCAGAAGGUCUAAGAGCAGAGAUCUCCACUAUUAUAAACAUCUGUCCUCCUUUGAAGCUUCCUGCAGGUGAUGCAGCCUGGCUCUGAUCUCUUUGUGCUCUACACGUAGCAAUGCUUGUACAAAGUCUGGUUUUCCUGUGUGCUGGCUGUCCUUGGGGUCUUUUAUGCUGUGGCAGUGUAACCACCAGAUCUGGAGCCUCUGAGUUACUGGCCAGUGUGCUUCGGGGCUGUAGAGUAGGCAGUGUCUUGGUGGGCAGAGGCAGUCAUUCACACUGCACAGCUGUGCUUCUGUGACUUGACUUUGGGGCUUGAAAACAAAUCAUGACACUACUGAAAUGAGUGUCUGUGACUUUCGGUGCCAUGGCAAAUCUGACUUGUCAGUGAAAGAGAGGAAAGCACCAAAAGUUUUGGGGUGCAGGCAGCAAGACAGCUACCCAGCUUCCAGAAGAGGCCAUACAUCCAAUUGCUGUUAGCACAGCCUUGCUUUUUCAUGGUAGUGCUUUUAAUGUGAUAUAGUUGAAAAUAGUUUUACAAGGCCAGUGCUUCUCUCUGUGGUAUUUAUUUGCAGUUUCCCACUGAUGACUCACACAGCUGCCCUUAGUAUUUACUAGACUGCAAGAGGUCCUAUGCCAAGAUGUUCCCUAGGGGUGACAGAUGAGUGUUCAACUGUGGAGCCAACCUCUAGGAAAGUCUUUUUUUUCUAUUUCUCCCCGAUGGGCACUCAUCUCAGCACUUCACACUGGCACCUAUUGCAGGAUCUGACUUGCUUCCCCACCUUGCCUAUCCUGCACUGAAACACAAGGCUGAGUGUCAGCUGGCUUUUGUGCCAUAUCCACUUUCCACCUUUCCUUUCCUACCCAAUCACCUUUCUUUGCUGCAAAGAUCAGCCUUCAGCUUAUAGGGAAAAGAAGCCACCCUAUGGUGUGGCUGUCUUGUGUCUCACUUCAAGCCCCACAAGGCAGGAAACCAGACCUCAUAACCAAAUUGCUUCACAAUGUUAUCAAGCCCAGAGCUUGGCAGUGAUUCACAUCUCCCACAGGUAUGCCUUAGGCAAGUUGCUUCAGACCGAGCUAUUUUGUGUGGGCUAUUUAGUGUGGUAAUUCCACAAUUAUUCUUGUCUCUGAGGAGACAUAUCACAGAAUCACUGACUGUGGAUAUGCCAUGUUGUAAGCAGGACUUUGAAAUGCUACUUCGCACCACUGCCGUGUAAUUUAGCCCCAACCAGCACAAAGCAUGGCUCCAUUGGUAAGAGCCACAAAUGCUCAGAGUGACGCAGAAGAAAAAGACAGGCACUCCUGUGUUUUGAGUUUGGAGGUCAUAAAAAGGAUUUCCCGUGGCUUCUUGGCUCCAGAUAUUAUAUAAAUUGUUGUUUGACACAGCUUUAGGAUGAUUUAUGCUAACGUCCAGACCAUGUGCUGAGUGAGACAACGUCUCUGACACUCUUAACUUAUCAGUGCACAUCAGCAACUUUUGCUUGCCGGGUAGGGGGACCACAGCUUAAUGAAUCACCAUGGGAGGGCUGUUAACCCACUGGGAAGGAGACUUCUGAUUUAAACCACUUUCAUGGGAUUUUCUUAUGCUGCUGGGAGUGUCCCAGUCGCUGCACCUUAUCUGACAGUUGAUGACUCAGGUGCUUUUAACUGCGUCCCAUUACUGCUCCACCAGCAAGUUCCAAUCGCUCAGCAGUAGUGUGCAGCUUCCCUGGUGCUUCCGUGGUGCCAGUGUGGCCAGGGGCUAGUCCUGCCAACUCUUACAAGCCUUCUUCUUUGCCUAAGUGAAGGAUUGGGGUCUUCUACCAAGGCUCUCGAUACUGAUUACCUUUUCCCAUGAAAUCAUAAGGGCACCUGGCAAAAGGCUGUGAGGCUUUGCUGUCGGACAGCUCUGCUCUGUUGAUGUUGUACUGCGAUGGUAAAAGCUGAGCUUUUAUCCUACAGUAGGGCUGUGAUUACCAUAAGAUGGGGGUAGAUGGCUCCAAAAUGGGGCUCCCUUAUUUUCAUUUCUUUUUCCCUUACUUUUUUCCUGCCACUUAUUUAGGUCUGGUGUUAGACCUCUUUAGUGAGUCAUUUCAACUCACUAGCCCAGCAGAAAAUGCAGCCCAAAAAGGGAUAAUUUUCUAUCACAUUACUGAAUUGAAUCUGUUCACAAAUUGUGGUGGAGAGCCAGUGGAGGAGAUGGAGGAAAAUGUUCCCCUACCAGUUUCACAAAGUUGUUAGCCUGGCUCAGCUCCUGCAGCCAUGGAAACCCGUCAAAAUGCACAGGCCUGCACACAGCAAGAAGGAGUCUGCACCACUAUUAGCACAGGCUUUCCCAUGUGGCCUUUUCAUGACUCCAAAUCAAGAGUCAAAGAUGGGGAUUGAACAUGGAUGUCACUGGACUGUUCUGGAUGCAGCAGUGCACUUGGAUCUGUUCAUGUGAUUGCACAUUUACCUAAGCAGAGCUGUGAGCACUUGAACAGCUUAAGCUCUGAUUUAUUAGUCGCUCAUGCAUGUAUUUAUGAUACUGUGGGUUUGCACAGUGUACAUUUGUUCAUGCCAGUAAUUGGAACUGAAGUCUGAUAUCUGGGCAUUGCAAACUGGGUGUUUAAUUUUCAAAUGUGUAUUUAUGCCACAAAAUGUAUUUUUAAUUGUAGGAGAGUGAAAUACUGUUGUGAACUACAUGGUAGACUAAAUUAGAAGGAAUAUUCAAAAUAAUGGCACGUACCUUGUUCAUUUGCAUAGUGCAAUAAUUCUAUGAUAGCAACAGCCAGGCUAUUGACAUAUAGGACAUUGUGACAAUGGAAACAGCGUCUCUGUUGCAGUUCUCCUUCAUGAAGAACAUCAGUAUUUUCGAGCUAUUUUGUGGUUUUGUUUUCAGAAGCUAUUCACCGGUAUUCACUCUACAGUGUAGUUGACCUCUUAGAAAGCUGUGUAGAAAAUGAGAUGCAAGCAACAUGUUCUACUACUAUGCGUGCUUUUCUCAGAUGUUUGUGACUGGAUCUUGUUCUGCAGUUUGUGCAAGCAGUGUGGGGUGGGAAAAUGGGGAUCAUGAAGAGAAGGUGUUGUGUUGCUGUAGAGCCUGGGCUGCCCUAAGGACUGAAACAGCCUUAAAGGAAACUGAGAUUCCUGUUGCACUAGGUUUCCUCCCUGUCCAGCUCAUGCUUACCCUUUCUUGUCACCAUGUCUGAGUACAUCCCAUUAAGUGCAUUGAUUGACCUGACUAGCACACAUGGUGUGUGGGCUGAUCAUUCCUCCUGACAGUAAGCGGCAAGUGACUGUGAUUGAAUGGUCUUCCCCAUCCCAACACCCCUGCUCCUCUCACUGUUCCUAAUCCUCUAAUAUUUACCUCUCCUGGCAUCUGCGCCAUGUGGCAAGGGGAGCGCUUUGUGCAGGGCAGCUCUUGACUGAGAGGUCCCUCCCUGCCUAUUAAGUGACCUUGUGCUUUGGGGAUAAUGUGCUCAGGGUGGACCACCUCAUGUUGGGUACUUGGGGUUCGUGUGAUACUACAUCUCUUGUGCUGGAAGCACUCUCCUCCUCUCUUCUCUCCUGCUUUUUGGGAGAGCGUUUUCAAAUCAUGAAAUGAAAUUCACUCCUGUGUAGAGGAGCAGGCCCAUGUCUGGCCUUCCACUGACAUUCUUAAAAUAGGACUGAAACGACUGGUCCUUAACAGUACAUUACUUUUGGGCUCACUUCAUCGUGGAAAUCUGUUCAUCUCGUGUGGCAUGGGGAACAGGGCAUCGGGACCCCCCUGACUCCCUUAAUUCCCAGAGCCAGUAUGAAUGUGUGGGAAGGAGAAGAGCUUACAGGACACAGAAAUGUAAUUUGAUUUGCCUGAAAUGAGCCAAUUCAUGCCUCUGAGUGAGGGUUGAGAAGGACUCAAUCAUUCACUAUGAAAUAUGGUGGGAAGUGGGUCUGUACUUCUUAAGGAGUGUUCCCUGCUGAACGUCGCUGUGAAGAGAUGGCAGCAUUGCUCUCCUUAUUCUUAAGAGAGAUGAUUUAUUUUCUUUUCUUUCUGUGCUUUCAUGUGCGUGCUGGAUCUGCACUCUCAGUUCUGAGAAGUGUGGAAAAAAGGCAAUUCAGCAUAAAGUAUGGCUAUAUUCCUAGCCAAAAAACUUGAACUACACUUCCUGCUGAUGGUCCCCAUGCACUGGACGUGCCUUGGUGGCUGGGGACAGUACUGUAUCAUCUGUUGUCUCCUGGCACAUCUGUUGGCUUUGUGCAGAGCCAGCAUGGGUAUUGCUGCACCACUCUCCAAAAACUGAGAAUCUGGGGAUAGCUUGUUGAGGACACCCCUGUCAGCCAAGCAUCUGCAUACCACUAACGGGAAAGGUCUUGAGCACAACAAGAUGAUGGUGCUUUCCCUAUGGACAGCUUAUGAUGGACACGUCAGGCUGCACGCUAUCUUCCCAAGGGUUUUGGAAAGCUAAGGGCCAGGAGGGACAUCACUACUUCACCUUUUUCACAGCAACAAAACUUCAGCUGGUGAUUGAGCUGUCCUUCUGCAGACAAGUCAGAUUUCUCUGAGUGCCCAGGAAGCUGCAUAGUUGCACUGCUACCAGCUCCACCCAUGCAAACCAGGUUCCUCCCUACUGUGCUGUCUUUGCCUGGGGCCCUGCGAAGCUCUGUCGAAGUUGUCCUCCUGCACCUCAACCCUUCCCGAAAGCAGCAGACCGGGAUUUGCAACAGUGAAAUGCUGGAAAGAUAAAAAACCCACAGCUUAGAGACACCUGUGAGCGUAUUGAGGAGUUUGACAGUAGCCGUUCACUCGAACAUGUUCAAAACAGUGCUGAUGUCUAAAGCUUUAAUUCCUAAUCUGAUGGGGGGAAAGAUGUUUGGCCCAAACUUUGCUUGUUACAUGAACUGAUGGGUUUUAACACAGUUGCUAGACUCUCUGUCUCAGGCAAGGAAUUUGUUUUCUUUGUUUUCUCUCUGAAUAGGUUUAUGUUAGUUGGCAAUGCAGACAAAAUUCAAAUUGUUUUAUUAUACAAAUGCCAUUAAAUUAGCUGUCCAUGCAUUGGGAAUGGACUGACUGUUUCAAAGGGAUUAGGGUGCUUUUGCCUAAUCUUUUAUUCUUGUGGUCGGUAUUCAUUACACAGUAGUCAAUAGCAUCUGAAAAAAUCAGUACCUUUUCAGAUUUUAGUUUGAUCUUUUGUAAUUGAUAGAGUUUUCCUUCACAGUGUGUAAGAGACUGGGAAGGUAGGUACUAUCAUUGAAAUUCAGUGGGAUAGAGUUUCAGUGGGAAUGAGGAGAGAUCUAUAGCACCUUCACAAUGCUUCAGGAAUCCACCUUUGUGGUUUUCCGGUAACUACUGAAGAAAACAUAAAAUGUUUUGGACAAUAGUAUUGGAUUAGUCUUACUUAUACUAGAAGACUAAACUCUUAAAAUUAAUUUUACAGGUAUUAUCUUUGACACUUCAGCUGUUAUUUUUGUGAACAAAGAUGACUCUCUAACAUUCCUCAUGCUUAGAAUUUUAUCUGCUUUCUGAAGCUGUAAUCUUGCCAAAACUGCCCUCCUUAAAUGUUCUCAUCUGGCCUAAAUCACACAUAGCCUUAUGUAGUCCCUGGUCUGCCCACCAUUGCUCCUGCCAGGAUUCCUCCUUCUCUUCUACUAUCACACAUUUAAUAAAGUAAAAUUUCCAGCCUGAAAAGAAGCCAGUGCAGGAGGUGCACUUCAGCCUCUUACCUCAGCAGUGGGUGUAAAAUAUAGAUAUAGAAAGCAAGGCAAUAGUAACUGGCUUCAAAUGGAUUUUGAUAAUUUUUGUGUAGGAAGACUAAUCUUCUAGUGUCUCUGAGGGUGAAGGUGCACUAAACAAUGACUUCAGUGUAAAUGGCUUUGUGGAGGCCUUUGUUUUCUGAAUAGUGCUUAUGGUUCAGGUCUUGCAAGCUUUGCCAUCUGCUGGAGCUUUAUCUGUAAGCAUCUUGAAAGACUGGGUCCCUGAGUGAGUGGAUGUGAAAUGCAGGUGCAAAAAUACCCAAAGCAUUCAGGGAUGUGCAGACAAAACAUGACAUAAAACGCUUUAGUGGAGUCUGCAAGGUGGUAAGAAUCUGACUUUGCUCCCAUUUAUGUCGGUGCCUGCAAGCCAGAUGGUGCUGCUGCUGUAGAGAAUUUGGUGCCAGGUCUGCAGAGCACUGUGAGAAAUACAUGCUUGUGCCACCUGCUGCCAGCCAGCUCGGGCUGUUAACUGCACGUAGCUUUAAACACGUGACUAGUCCCCCACAGGAGCAAAUGGGUCUAAAAUAUGCAGGAAAGGACAUUGCUUGGCUGUAGUUGCACUGUCAGUGUUUGGUUUUGUCAGCGUGACCCAUCUAUCUGAGAUCCAUCAGCAUAAAUCAAAUUAUUCAAGAUCGGAAGAAAAAGAAAUUAUAAGAUAGUGGAAAGGCAGUAGGAAAGCUGGCAAACAAUGGAUUUUUUGUCUUUUUUUCUAAUGAAGGCGAGCGUAAUCCUUAUCCUUCAAUAUCCUACUUUGUUUUACACUGGAAUUAGAAAAUCUUUUGCAUUUGUUUUAAUUAUCUGCUGGCUUUAACUUUGGCUUUGAAAACCAUUUUUGCUAUGACUUCCCUUGGUCUCAUGGUGAGCAGUACUAGGGAGAAAAAGCUGAAGGAAGGCUUUUAUCUUUCUCUGCAUGCAGUGUUUAAUCUUUCUAAUCUUUUGAUGUAGAUAUGUCUUCUCCCAUUUUGUAAAUUGACAAGAUUAGCACUGUUUCUCCCAAAACAGCUGCUGAAAAACAUUUUUUGCUUAAACGUAACCAAAUUUCCACCUAACAAUGUGAAUUCUCCUGAAUGACCAAUUCAUUCUCAGCAUUAAGCCUCUCUAUAAGGCUAACUUCCACUCCCUGACUUUAAUGACAACUCAGCUUUCUUAAGAACAGGUUGUAAAAAAGUAGAUUUUGUUAAUUCUUUUGUUUUGUUUUAUAAGAAAAAUAUUUGCUGUCUUGCCAAAUAUUAACAAUAAUAAUAUUAAUAAUACUUCUAUGCAUCGUGUGAUUCAGUGAUGUUGCCAUUGAAAUUUUGCAUGUUUUCUAGAUGGCCUGACAUUUGUAUAUUUAUGUGGUACUUGUAAAAAUGCUAACCAUUGCUGCUAUAAUCACCACCAUUUUAGGUAACUGAAAACUGUACUAUGAAGCUGUGCCAGUUAGGGGUUUUUUUGUGUGUCAUGGCAAAAUGCUGCAUUCUGCUGUUCAUUUCCUGGUUUAAGGCAGUAUUUAGUGCCUUCAGUAGAAGGAAUCAAUAUGUUGUGGUAAAUGGGAGGUGGCAAACUUCUAAUAUGUUGUUUUGCACAGAUGAUCACUUACCAGCUUGAAGCUUAAAAAAAGCAAAUGUUAAAAAAACUUCAACUCUCCAUCUUUCUUUAAAGUGUUUUCUCAUUAGUUUUCAUUUGGAAAAGAAACCCUAUUUAGUAUAGCUAAAAAGAAGCCAUCUCCCCCCGCUACACCCACAACAGCAGCAGUCUGCCAGCUAUGAAUGUGAGGGGUACAAAAGAAUGAGUGGUACCCAAAUGUUCCUGUUGGUGAUGAUCCAGUGAUUAGCCAAGGCUGUUCAUGUCAUUGCAGAGCAUGCUAAAAUGUCUUUAAUGAAAGCAUUCCGAUGAUUACCAUAAGAAACUGUUAGCUCUCAUAACAUUUCAGAGCCUGCUCUUGUAAACAAGUGUCAGCCUGGUCAAGUGGUGGAUUCCAGUCCUUGUUCUGCCUCUACGGAAGCCACACAUUGCUGCCAAAUGAGAUUUGGAUGAAGUUCAAGCCCAAGAUUUUUAUCUUUUUCUUUCCAACUACUUUCAUGGCAGGCAAGCCCUGUUAUCAAAAUUCUGACGUUGUAUUUUCAUUUCCUUUUCCACCCUCUGCUUAGAAUCUGGCAGUAUCGCAAAUACACAUGUAUUCAUUUUGAUUUUGAUUUUGAUAAGAUUUUGACAGGCUGAAAUCAUACCGUACUGUAAUCAUACAACAGAAACAGUCAGGAGGGAAAUACAAGGUGUCCAGCACUUUUCCCAACCUAGGCUUGGUCAACUAUACCUAGGUUGUCCUUCAAAAUAGUAUUUUGUGUGGAAAAAAAAAAAGACUAACCUUUGGUUUUCCAUCUCUGCUGAGAGGUGAAAGGCUGUGACACAUCUUGAUAAGACUUUUCAAAUCAGACUACCAACUUCUGUUCCCCAGCAAGACAAUUUACAGCCCUUGUAAUGUAAAAUACUUCCAAAAAAAGAUGUUAAUGCCAAAUUUUUCAAGGUAACUGCUCCUUUCUGUGAUAUCCAGAAUAUUUACAAAAAGCAAUAUUAAAGGGCACAGCCCAAAGCGCACUGAAAAUUGACCCAUGUAGUAGGUUGCAAGCCAGUUCCCCACAAACUGAUGAGUUUGAAAAUCUCAGCUUAAGAUCUAAACUUUCGCCAAGAGGUUGGGAUACUUAGAAGCCUUUUGCACCACCUCAGUUCCUAUCUCCUGGAGGGAAAAGGGCUCUCUUCAGAAGUGUUAGGUUCUUUUAUCGUCCUUUUAAAUUUAGUAGCUUCUUCAGGUUCCUCCUGCCACAUCAGAAGCCAGCUGAGACCUGAUACAAUGUGUUUCUCCAUUGUUUCACUUGUCCGGUAGCCAUUUACACAUGAACACAUGCUUCCACUAGUAUAAGCCAAGAGUUUUGAGUUUGCAGAGCUCCUAGCUAUGUGGUCCUAAUAGUAAAUAUGCAGGGCAGUGAUACACAGCAGUAUUUCCUGCUUUUCUUCUAUUUAUAGCUAGAUCUGAGCUUCUAUGGUCCCAUCUAUUGCACUAAUUUUCUUACCAAUUAGAAUUCGUAGCUUUUAUGUGCUGACCCAACUAGCCAAAACCAUUCAUCAGAUUAUUGAAGCACAGCAGCUGUUUUCCCCAUCUUCUCUUUUGUUGUAAUGCUAGAUAUAUGUGCAUUUUCGUUAGCUUAUAUUUGAACCCAGAAAGUGAUUAAUAUCCUUUAUUUAGCACUUUGCGUGCUGGAAACGCAGUUAUGUUUCUUCGAGUGCAGAGCUGGUGUUAGGAUUUAGCCUGCUGCUUGUGGCAAGUCAGAUGCUCUAGUGGCAUAUGUUUGCAUUUCACAAUGGUUCACUGGUUCCAAGACACAAGCUGGCUGAUGGCAGUGGUGUGCUGGUUCAGAAACCACCUUCCAAUCACUGUGAUGCCUUCAGUGUAUGUGUUGUCAAUACUGUAAUUGCUCUUGUAAUUGCGUUUUGUCUGAAGCUCUUUACAUUGCAGGACAACCUUAGAAAUAAAAUGUGGAAUUUUAGGCUGUGCUGCUGAAAGGAGUUAGAAAUGAAUUUUCCAUCCAAUCCCCUGUGGAAUUUGGAAACGCAGCUUUUUUUAGACCCCUUUGCAAGCCCCAGUUGUAAUCAGCUGUAAUUAAGGCAGAGAUCUUAGCAUGAGCAGUCCUACAUAUCUUCGAGUCAAAACGCAGUUUUGUGUACACAGGGCAUCUUACACAGAUCUCUUGCCCUUGCAUUUGGGAGAUUAUGUAUACGAUGGUUUAUUAAGGAGAAGUAGUAUUUUGAUACAUUUAAACGCCUUAAGCUCUGCAAGUCUAGAAUACCUAAGGGGGAGAGGUUACUAGGUAAUUUUCUGAAAAUGUGAGAAAAUUGUCGACUACAGACCAUUUUCAGAGCUACCUGUUCAAUCAUGUUGUCCUCAAAUUCCCUUCUUUAUGGAGUUGCACAAGGACCUAUGAAAAAUGAGCAAAAAGGCUUUGCUGCCAUACAUGAGAAAGAUUUCCUAACCUACUUUGAGCCCCAGAUCCCCAACUGGGUUUCCAGGGCUGGUAAUCUUUUUAAUUACCAGCUAGAUAAGUUUUGACCUAUGUGGAUGCCAUAUUGCUACUUCUGCAGUGUGUUUUUAAGAACUGAACAGGGUAAGGUCCUUCACAGGUGAAGGACAGUAUGGUCAGCAAAGUUGUUGCUUGUGCUAGUUGAGAAUGUAUUUUGUUAUGGGUGAGGUUUUUUUCUUCCUCAUGCAAGGCACUCUUCUUUAAUUGGGGAUGGAGUAAACAAGCAUAUGUUGUACUGCUGUCUGCCAUGCUUAGUCAGAUGUCUCCUUGAAAAAUGCUUUUUGAGUACUAUAGCACCCUCAAUAAGAAGAAAGUAAAACCAAGAGUUAUUUUUUUUAAUGGUGUCUGAGUUUCUUCCCAUGCUCAGUUGUCAGAUAAUUAGGCUUUUAAAAAGAGUGGGUUCAGUUGUGUGCUAAUUGGUGUAUGACAUUCACUUUUACUGUUCUGCAAAUUCCAGAGGUAUUCUGAUUUUUAUUGCACUUCAGAUCCAUUUUUAUUCCCUUAUGAUAACCUUUAAGAGGUCCGGUUCUGCUGCAUUAGAAGUUGAUUUCGGUGUUUGCUACUAUUGUAGUGUGACUUCUUAUUUUUUCAUUUGUGUUGGUACAGCCUUAAACUUAAAAAGUUAAAGACCACUUAAAAGUAAUCAAGAUAGUCAUUGAUGUCUGUGAUAAGUGCAUGCUUUAUUCACAGUGUUUUGUCUGUUACUAGGUGUAGCAACCAAGUCUCAUGUAUAUAAUAAACUGUUUCUGCAAAGCUGGCUGCUUUCUUUAAUCAAGUGAAAAUAAUUUACUUGGCAUUUCAAAGCACAUCAUUGUAUAUAAAAAGCACAGCUCUCUCUUAUGGUUUUCAAGUAGGAGUAUCAGCAUAGCUGGGAAGUUCCCAUGGACCUGUGAUGCAUUUUGAUUAGCAGAGUGCAAAUAGGCUCACCAAGAAAUAGUUGCUGUUGUAACCUGUAUUUUUCUGUGUUUCAAGAAAAUAUUUAAACAAGUGCUUAAGUCCUUCCCUGCUCAGGAAUGUACUUACAGACAAGCUUGACUUGAACCAUGUGUUCAUUUAAUCUCAUUUCAUUAGACUGAAAGUCGGCGUCCUGAGAGCUUUUUUGGAUUAAAGAAGUUUUCUUGAAUCUGAUCUGGUUACAUUGAUUCCAAGACACAGUUCAGCUUGAAGUGAUUUAUUUCACACUUAGAAUUUCAUCACUAAGGUCCACAUAAUUUUGUUCUAAUCUUCAUCUAGAAUAAAAUUAAAUGUACAUCUAAGGAUAUGCAUCAUUUAAGGCAGUUGCUUGGCAGGCCUGAAUUUUCUGUGUUCAAGAAGUAUUAAAAUGAAAAGACCGGAAAACUAAGGUUAAUAAAGCCCCUACACUGUGAAAGAAAAAUAUUCAGAGUAGAAAAAUCCCUUGAGAGCUCCAACAGAAUUCCACUGAGCUGCUGUCCAUGGAAUGACAACUGUGUUACAGAAGGUCAGAGUGUAGCAUGAUUUUUCACCUCAGAGCUCCUCGUGUACUUGCAAUGUUUAGUUAUUCUUGUCCCCAUACAAAAUGGAAAGGAAAACAGAACUGGAAAAGAUCCUGCUUUGAAUGUAUACCGAGGAAAUGACUGGAAGAAGUAUUGAAUGUUGAGGAGACAGGAUACUAUUAGCCGUGAAGCUAUUAAAUACAUAAUACAAGGUGAUGCUAUUCAUCUGCAUUUGGAAGGUGAUAUCUGUAUGUGAUGGACACUCCAAAAUGGUCUUGGAGGCCCAGGGUGGCCAGAUGUUCUCACAUUCAGAGGUUUGCCUGAGGAAACUGUUGAGCAGAUAGGCAUUGUCCAUUCUAAAAAAACAGACAGCUAAACUGUGUCCUAUACAAUGCCAUCUGCUAUGGGCGUCACCUUUCCACAUUGUCUAUGUCCUUCAGCCCCUUUGUUCUGCAGCCCUUUCUGGAAGAGAGACUGGUUACACAGUUGUAAAAUGUGGUCAUCAGACUGCUCAACAGACAAGAACAGAUAUUGGUGCUGGCGCCUGCAAGCCAGCAGGGACCACAGGCUCCCUGUGUCCCUGCUCACCUCCCGAAAGCCAGGUGGCCUCUAAACAGCAUCUAAAAUCCACUUUCUGGACAACAGUGGUACCUGCCAGGAGCCUGUGAUACAUGUCAGUAUCUUUGCAGCAUGGACUAGGACAAAAAUUAGUAGAAGCCAGUUAAAGUUGAGUAGAAUCUGAGGAUUUUAGGAGAAUCCAGAUAUAGCAGAGACCUUUAUCUUCUUUCCCUAGGGUAGAUGUGUGGGAGGUUGGUACGUUCGCUUCUGUAAAGGGAGGAUAAAUAAAAUCUUUUGCUUUUUUGAUGUUGUACCACCAAGACAGUGACUGCUAAUUUGCAGCAUGAACAGCAAAAGCCACUGUGCUAGGAGCUGCCUUUGCUUUAGGGGAAGAAUGCAGCCAUGUAAAGAGAAAUCAGAUCUGUGACCUCACCAGUUUUAAUGGCUUCUUAGUGACUUGGCUGGCAACCUUCCUCUUCUUCCCUCACCAGAUGCACAAAUGGUGCAAGCCCUGGCCUUAGCAUUGAGCAGAGCAUUACAUUUCCAGACAUUUACCAUGUGCAUUUCAACUUGAAAGGUCUGGCAUGUAGUACGUACAAACUAUCAGGUAAUAGCACGGUUGUCUGCAAGGAUGUAGGGCGUGUACAAGUUUUGGCAAGCAGUGACAACUAUAACUGUUUUUUUCCUCUGCAGUGUAUCACAUCAGGGACAGAAAUUUGGCGGGAGGCCUUGUGCCUGUGCAGAUGACCAUUCUCUGUGAUGUUGCAGGGUUUCUGCCACAAGUGUGGCAUCAGGUGCACUGAACACAAAGGUGACUUUUUCAAAGGAAUCAUCGUUACUGCUGUUGAGGUGCUGCAUACUCGCAUACCGUUGCCCUUGUGUAGCCUCCAGGAAGAAGGAAGCACAAGUGUAUUAUAGGUGAGGGAGUAGGACUCUGAGACUGAGGUUCAGUAUCUUCUCUAUGUUUAUUAGUUAUUUGUGCCAUACCUACAG